AUGGACUAUUACCCAAUUAACAUGCUGCUUUGCCUGUGUAAGAACUGCCCCCAGACACCCAGAAGCUGCUGUUGGGACUGUUUCCACAGGGUCGUCCUGCAGACAGCCACAGCCACUGCCCUGAUGGUCCACUGGGGUCUGCUCUGCCAGCUCCCCACCACCCCCACAGUGGGGCUCUGUGGUGGAAGAACAGUCUUGUUUUCUAGAGGAGGAGUGCAAAAGGACGGUGUGCUUGAGACGAAUGGUCAUGGAGUCCACACUGGCACCAACUGAACUACAUACACGAGCAGCUGGAAAAAUGACAAAAUGAAUGGUACUGGAAGGCUAGAACAUCCUUCUGGGGCAGUUUAAGAAGGCAAGUUCAAAGACAACAUGUUUCAUGGGGCUGGAACCUACAUAUUUCCAAAUGAGGCAAAGUAUAUUGGACCAUUCAAUGAAAAGAA